GAAUCUGACAAACGUUUUUUUCACCAGCCUGAUUUUGCAGUUUUCUGAUUUUGGCUCGGAAAUUAGAGUUCUUGGCUAGGAAUAGGAUUACUGUGGAACAUUCUAAUUUAAAAUUAUCUACUACAGUAUUUCCUUGGUUGGUUUUGUUUCGCUGGGUUUGUUUCUUAUAUACGUUGGGCAGCACCACUUUUGUUUCAUUCUGCAGCGGCUUCAGAUUUCGGAUCCGGCUUUCAGUGGAAGCAUCAGCGGCAAAAUGACUUUUAAAUUGAUCAGUUCUGUCAAGGCAAAUGGAGUGAUUCCGGUUCAUAAGUAUCGCUCGGAACAAACCGGAUUAACGGUGGUUGUAGGAGAAGUUGAAGGUCCCUUGGUAAAUGGAUACUUCGCGCUUGCAACGGAAGCCCAUGAUGAUGAUGGUUUACCACACACUCUUGAGCAUUUAGUUUUUCUCGGCUCAGAGAAGUAUCCCUAUAAAGGAAUUCUGGAUUUAGUUGCUAAUCGGUGCCUAGCUUCCGGGACGAACGCAUGGACGGACACGGAUCACACUUGUUAUACCAUGACCACUGCAGGCAGUGGAGGCUUUCUUUCUCUGCUUCCAGUUUAUUUGGAUCACAUUCUUUAUCCAACUUUAACCGAGUCUGGUUUCCUAACGGAAGUUCAUCAUAUUUCCGAAGAGGGAGAAGACGGUGGUGUUGUAUACUGUGAAAUGCAAGGACGCGAGAACACUGGCGAGUAUAGAUUGCAUUUGGAAAUGCUCCGAGCAAUUUAUCCGAAUUGCGGAUACAGCUCGGAAACUGGCGGAAUUAUGAGUAAUUUGCGUACAAGCACUAAUAAUGAAAAAGUUCGUUCCUACCACGCAACAUUUUAUCGACCGGAUAAUCUGCAUGUCAUUAUUACUGGUCAAAUCGCUCCAGACGAUAUUUUUAAAGCGUUGGAACCCAUUGAACAAAAAAUACUUUCUAAGGGGAAGCUUACGACCUGUGUCAGGCCAUGGCAAACACCGGUUGAUCCUUUGCCUGAGUCUAAGUCUUUGAAAAUUUUGUAUGCAGCUGACGAGGAAGAUUGUGGUUUGGUAAAUAUUGCAUGGCGUGGUCCAAAAGCAACCAGUGAGUACACAGAACUGACGGCUUGUUCUGUUUUGUUGCGUUAUUUGUCCGAUACGUCCGUAAGUCCCCUUCAACGGGAAUUUGUUGAAAUAACAGAUCCAUAUGCAAGUCGUGUUGGCUACAACAUAGCUGAAAAUUCUGAAUCAUUGCUGUACAUUUCAUUUGAAAAUGUUCCGUUAGAGAAGGUGGAUGCCAUUUUUCCGAAAUUACAGCAGGUACUGGAGAAGCUUGGUAAUGGUGGAGAAAAAAUAGAUAUGAAACGGAUGGCAAGUGUUCUGGAGAGAUACAUUCUCGAAUCUUUAAGUAAUCUUGAAAGUAAUCCUCAUGACGAUGUGGCUUUUCACGUAAUUGGUGAUGUUCUGUACGGAGAGGUUGAACAAGAUUUUGACAACCGUUUGAACGCCAAUAGGUGCCUACAAGAGCUAAAAAACAAGGACGAAGACUUCUGGGUUUGUUUACUGAACAAGUAUCUUGUUAAUGCCAACAAUGUUGUGGUGCGUGCUAUUCCUAGCAUUGAGGAGCAGAAACGGUCGGCGAAGGAAGAGCAGGAUCGCAUCCAGCAGCAACGUACCGAUUUGGGCGAAGAAGGUUUGACUAAAAAGGGCAAGCAAUUAGCGGAUGCGAUGGCCACUAAUGAGAUUCCUCCUCCGGAUGAGAUGUUAACAUCAAUUCCGGUCCCAUCGACUGAUGGUAUUAAAUUCCACCCGGUACAAAUUUUCAAAUCCACUGGAGGGGAGAAUCCUCCUGGAUUAAACCUGAAAAAGCUGCCUGUGUAUGCGGAAGCCUAUCAUUUACAUACUAAUUUUUGUUACCUCAUGGUCACGAUGAACACUGAACCGGUAGAAUCGAAUUUACGCCCAUAUUUACUGUUACUGAUGGAACUGAUGACUGAAUCGCCUAUUCGACGUGGUGAUGAACUGAUUCCAUACGAAGCAGUCGUAGCCGCUCUAGAAUCGGACACAAUCGAAACGGAAGCCCGACUCGGUAUCGAAACCAGAAGCCGUUUCAGUUUGGGACCGUUUGGUACCACUGCGACUCUGUGUAUGCAGGUUGUACGCAAUAAAUAUGAAGUCGGUGUCAAUUGGAUUACGGAGUUGUUGCACAAGACGGAGUUCACCGUAGAUCGCGUGAAAGUUUGUGCCUCAAAAAUGGUCAACGACGUCGCACAAGCGAAACGAGAGGGAAGUUCAAUUGUAAGAGAUAUGUUAAAGGCCAUGUAUUAUGGUGAAGAUAGUAAUGUACGUGUAAGUUCUCUUUUGAAGCAGCAGAAAUUCUUGAACGUAUUAAUCAAACAGUUGGAUAAUGAAGUUGGAGGGAAAACGGUGAUCGAUAAUUUGAAUAAAGUUCGCGAUAUUGUUACUAGACCUGAAAAUCUGGGGUUGCAUUUGGCGGCUAAUUGGCAUGAGAUGAAUCAGUUGCAAGUCGAUUUGGUAGGACCUUGGUCAAAGUUAGCGGUUACUGAGGGAAUUCCCGAAGCCAAAUUAACCACCAUCCCCGAUUGGAAACUGAUGCAGCCUAAUGACACUUUGAAGGAUUUUACCGGUGUUGUAGUUGGCCUAGGAAGCGUCGAGAGCGCAUUUCUAUAUCAAAGUUCAAAUGCCAUCACCGAUUUCAAUGAUCCCGACUUGGCUCCAUUGUUGCUGUUCUUACAAUAUCUAACACAGCUGGAAGGUCCACUGUGGCGACAAAUCCGUGGACAAGGACUCUCCUAUGGGUACAAUAUCGUUCCCCGACCGAACGAAGGUCUGCUCUAUUUUACUCUACACAGGGCAACCAACGUGGUGGCUGCAUAUAAAGAAGCGAAAUCAAUCACAGAAAAACAAUUGCAGGAGAAUCCUGAGUGGGAUUCAACUUUGCUGGAGUCAGCUCGUAGUUCACUGAUUUUCGAAAUCAUCGCACGCGAGAAAAGCAUAGGAAAUGUAGUGAUUCAAUCGUUUCUGGCUAGUUUCAAGCAAGUUUCAGCCGGUUACAAUCAAGCCUUGGUUCAGCAGGUUGGCAAAGUCACCGAGGCAGACUUGGCACGGGUAGGAAAGAAACAUAUAAAAAAACUGUUUUCUUCCGAAGCCAGGACAGCGAUCGUAUGCCAUCCGGAUAAAGCAGCGGAUGUUGCUUUGGCUUUCAAACAGCUUGGUCACAACCUGAAAGUAGAAUGCAGUCUUGAGGAAAGCAUUUUGGCUUGAGGAGGUUGGAUUUUUUUCCAUCAUACUAAACGCUCGGCUCAUCAAUUAAAUGGCAAAUUUUGGUACGACCGCUGCUAUUAAAAUAUGCGAAUGCA